AUGAAGCUGCUUCCAAUACUCUCGGCAAUCGCUUUGUCGAUUCGUCAAGCGCAAGCUUCCAUUGGGCCUGUCACUAAUCUCCAUAUUGUCAAUGCUAACAUUGCACCAGACGGCUUCAAUCGCUCUGCCGUUCUUGCUGAUGGAACAUUUCCAGGACCUACAAUUGCGGGUUAUAAAGGAGACAAUUUUAGGAUUAAUGUACAGAACUCCCUGACCGAUCAUACAAUGAAUAAGACAACUUCGAUCCACUGGCACGGUCUUUUCCAGCACGGAACUAAUUGGGCCGAUGGUCCUGCAAUGGUUACUCAAUGUCCAAUAAUCUCGGGGGAUUCAUUCCUGUACGACUUCAACGUCCCAGAUCAGGCCGGCAAGUGUCUCAAAUUUUGUAUUUGGUCUAUCAUAAAGAUUAACCCUAAUGCAGGGACAUUCUGGUACCAUAGCCAUGAAGGGCUUCAGUAUUGUGAUGGCUUGCGAGGGCCAUUCAUUGUGUACGACCCUUUCGACCCACAUGCAGAUCUGUACGAUGUCGAUAAUGGCAACACAAUUAUCACGCUAUCGGACUGGUACCACGUCCCCGCUGUGCAAGUCCCCAUUCCUGCAAAUCCGGACUCUGUUUUGAUCAACGGAUUAGGCCGUAUGGCGGGUGACACAACUUCCCCUCUGUCUGUCAUAACUGUGACCCAAGGAUUACGCUAUCGGUUCCGACUCAUUUCCAUGUCCUGUGAUCCAUUCUUCAAUUUCACUAUCGAUGGCCACGACAAUUUCACAAUAAUAGAAGCUGACGGCGAGAACACUGUUCCAUUAUCUGGAAUCGACUCUAUACAGAUUUUCGCUAGCCAACGUUAUUCGUUCAUUCUGGAAGCCAAUCAACCGAUUGGAAAUUAUUGGAUUAGAGCUGCACAAGAAACCCUUGGUACUCCAGUGCCGCAAUCUGGCAUGGCUAUCCUCCGUUAUGAGGGUGCUCCUGAUGCUUACCCUGAGACUGAUGCAACGCCAUCUCAAUUUCCCCUCUUUGAACCCGACCUACAUGCCCUUACCGACCCAACACCCCCCGGAUUGCCAACCUUAGAUGGCGUAGAUGUAGAUCUCAAUUUGGACGUUACUUUUAACACUACAGACGGACGGUUCUUCGUGAAUGGACAUACCUUCAUCUCGCCCCCCAUUCCCGUUCUUCUCCAAAUACUGAGUGGCCACUACACUGCUCAGGAUUUGCUUCCCGAAGGAAGCGUCUACACUCUCCCGCGAAACAAAAGCGUCCAGCUUACCAUUCCUGGUGGCGUCGUGGGCGUUAGGCACCCGGUGCAUUUACAUGGCCAUUCAUUCUCUGUCGUCAAGAGUGCCGGUACUGGCCUUUCGGGCAGUGGCUACAACUUCGUCAAUCCGGUUCGCCGAGAUGCUGUUAACAUUGGCUUGGCCGGUGACAACGUUACUAUCCGGUUUGAUACAAAUAACCCAGGACCGUGGUUUUUCCAUUGUCAUAUUGAUUUCCACUUGUACGCUGGGUUUGCUAUUGUCUUCGCAGAGGAUCCCCAAGAUACUCCAUUUGUUGAUACCCCUCCUCUGGCCUGGCAAGAGCUAUGUCCCAAAUACGACGCACUUCCCCCCUGGGAUACGUGA